AGGGAGGAAAGUUUGGAUGGUAAUGGUCUCCUAAUUCUUCAUAGAGAUUAACAUGCCACUUAGCAAGGGUGCGCGCAGAAGAGAAGAGCCGUUGGAUGGAUCUCAACGGCUGAGGAUCGAAGCUUGCUCGGAAAGAAUCAAAUAAAAAAAGAAAAGGAAACCCUCUUUCGGCUUGGGCCGCCUUCUUCCCCGGCUUCUCCUAUCCCUCCUCGACCUCGUCUUCCCCAGUCGGUCGGCCGCUCGCCCGCUCCACGGAAAGAGAGGAAGAGCGAGAUGAAUCCUCUGACGCUGGUGAAGCGGACGCAGAAGAUAAAUUCGACGGAGGCGGCGUUAGGGAUCUCGGAGGAGGCAUCGUGGCACGCCAGGUACAAGGACUCUGCCUACAUCUUCGUCGGCGGCAUCCCCUACGACCUCACCGAAGGCGACCUCCUCGCCGUCUUUGCCCAGUAUGGGGAGAUUGUUGAUGUUAACCUUGUUAGAGAUAAGAGCACUGGGAAAUCCAAAGGUUUUGCCUUCUUAGCAUAUGAAGAUCAAAGGAGUACAAUUCUUGCUGUAGAUAACUUAAAUGGGGCCAAGAUUCUUGGUCGAAUUGUAAGGGUUGAUCAUGUCAGUAGCUACAAAAAAAAAGAGGAAGAAGAUGAGGAGAAAGAGCAGCAAAAGAGGGAGGCACGGGGUGUAUGUCAUGCUUACCAAAGGGGUGAAUGCAACCGAGGAGCUUCAUGCAAAUUUUCUCAUGAUGAGCAGAGAUGCGCAGACUCAGCUUGGGGUCCCAAGGAGAGCAAUUCGAGAUGGGAUCACAACAGGUAUGGGGAUCAUCCGAAGGGCCAUAAGAAUUUAUUGCAUGGUGCCCCAGACCAGACUCAGCAGGGUAGAGUAAUAGGGGGCGAGUCGAAAUCUAAAUCAAGAGAUAAAGAUGGCCACCACUCUUUGAGAUCAGAUGCCUUUGAAGAGUACAGCUAUGACCAGCGAAAACAAAGUGACUUGACUCUGAAAAAUCUGGAAAGACGGGGAAGUGAGAAAUCUGGAGGGAGACUAAGGGAUGAAAGAAAAUCGGAAGAUGAUACUGGAUUGCGAAGAUGGGAGAAGCACAUUGAAAGGUCCAAAUUAGAACCAAAUCAAGAAGAUGAUCCAUACAGACGAGGAAGUGGCAGAUGGCCGAAGCCUGACAGAGAUUCAUCCUCCCGUUAUUGCGUAAGGAAAGAAGAAGAAGAAUAUCGCAGGAGAUCACAUAGAUAGAACAUCUUUUGAUGGUCUGUCGGGAGUUCAUCUAGGUUCUGCUUAUCAAGAGUUUCAGUAAUUGUUGUUUUUUGCAUUUUGAUCUUUUUUGACAUAUAGAACUUUGAUAUUCUAUUUAAAUUUAUUUUCUCAUAUUGUGUAGGGAUCUCACUGGACUUGUCAUAGCCAGGAUUAGAUAAUUGUGUAUCAAUUAAUUAUAACACCAGGUUUGAUGUGAGGAGCCGUCUGAGUUGUUCAUGACUCACUUUUAUCUCCAAACAAACGGUAAGUUGCCAUUUUCGUGGAUGAUCUUCUCAAGUUCACUCGAGUUGAUUUGAGCUCUGUUAAGUCUAUUUGAAAGAGAUGAUGCUCUCCAAGCAAGCUAUUUUCUGAAGAGUUAUUACAUCAACCAAUUCAUGUUGUCAUGACUAUGCGAUAGACAAAUUGUAUUUUUCAGAGAUCCUGUUACUGUAAUAAAGACAGAAAUAUAAAAGAAUGUGCAUCUGAGACCUUCUUUUUGUCCA